UAAAACUGAGACACGGCUCCGUAACACAGCUGCAGGUUGGCCUUCGUAACUACAAAGAAAUUUCUGUCCGCAGCUCCAGUCCGAGUCUCCGAUGGACACGAGAUGGGUGAGGGUGCAAUUCGUACAAACUACGGUCCUGGCGAUACUUAUGUGGCACAGUUUGCAGAAAGCCCUCGGCGAAAGUAAUGUCCUCCCAUUGCAACGGGUUUACCUCACUCCUGAAUCCCCUGUGGCAUACAUCGAAAGUCCGAACUACCCCGAUGCACUCUACCCAGCCAACACGCAAAAGCAGUACCACGUCGAGGCAGUAAUGCCCGAUCCUGUCAGACAAGCCACAGUUCGAAUCCUUGUAAGCUUCGAGAUGUUCCUCAUGGAGAAGAGUCACUUCUGCUACAAGGAUGGCUUGGACAUCGUCGAUAGAUUCGGACAACUCAUGGCGUACUGUGGUCCGCAAGCGGGAAGGACGCUCUUGACGGACGACGGCACAGUGCGCAUGCGCAUGUACACAGACGGCGAGACCCAGGACCGGGGAUUCCGAAUUAGAGUGAAGCUCUACGAGUCUCCCUGCAGUCAAACUUUUAAACGAAAACAGUCGGGCCUCAUCAAGUCGCCUGAUUAUCCGUACAGCUAUGGGGCGCACAGACUUUGCCUCUGGAGGAUAGAGGCACCUCGAGGAAAAGUCGUGCGGCUCAGAUUCGACGGGUGGUUCGACAUACGGAGUGAGGACCACGAGACCUGCCUCAUGGACUACCUCGCCGUUAGUCGCACUGGGAACUUCAGCACGGACAUUCACAGGAUGUGUGGACAGACCAGGCCGACACGGAUCACAUCAAAGGGCAACGCUAUUGAAAUAAAAUUCUUCAGCGAUUGCUGCGAAGAGGGACGUGGAUUUCAAAUCCGGUACGACAUCGUGGAACCCGUUCGAGUUACUCCCACGCCUAUGACGCACUACACGGCUCCACCAACUUGCAGUGAAUCAAAAUGUGGGCAAGCGAACAUCGUGACUGCAAGAAUUGUCGGAGGGGGAGAGUACAAUGAGCACAAAUACCCGUGGCUGGUAGCGAUCAUGAACCAAUACGACGAGUUCAUCUGCACAGGGAGCCUCAUCAGUCAGAGACAUGUUCUGACGGCAGCUCAUUGCUGUCACAAGCAAAGGGAACUGUACGUUAGACUAGGUGUACACCACUUGGACGACCAACCAUCACGGCACAUCGCCCAGUGCAUCAUACAUCCUGGCUAUAAGAGGCUAAACUACGUCAACGACAUCGCUGUCAUCUCACUUCGACAGCGCGUCACCCCAGACUCCUUCGUCCGUCCCGUUUGCCUGCCCAUCGCGGAAGACGACGACAAAAUCGGGAAGAAUGGGGUCAUCGCUGGUUGGGGCAGAGAAGCGGAAGGAGGAAAAGACAGAGCAACACCCAAGGAAGCCAACGUACCGUUUGUCUCCAAUGCCGAAUGCGUAAAAAAGUACGGGCCCGUCAUACUCGAUUCCAAUAUAUGUGCCGGAGGUAACAUGGAAGACGCGUGCCAGGGUGACAGUGGAGGACCGCUUAUGUCUCCCUGGCACGUGGACGGCAAAUACGUACAAGUGGGCGUCGUGUCCACGGGCAUCGGCUGUGGCAGAGAUGGAUUUCCCGGAAUCUACUCGCGGGUGUCUAAGUAUCGCGGUUUCAUCAGCAAUAUCACGCAAGAACCAUGGUGCUCGAUUGAUGGCGACGACAAACAACCGAUGACAUUCAUGGAGAGAGGUUGCGGCAUUCCAACUGUGCGACGCAGCAAAAGGAUCGUUGGAGGAAGCACUGUUCCAAACACAAAGUAUCCCUGGCUGGCUAGCAUUGUGUACGAGGACGAGUCGAUCGGCACAGGGUCCUACAUCGGCCGGGGCUUCGUCCUAACAUCAGCCAGCGCGGUGGUAACGGCCUUGACGCACGAGAGGAACCCUCUUGCCGUGGAGCUCCUGGGACAGCGCAUUCCAGUGCAGCGGGCAUACCUCCACGAGCUGUACUCAUUUCCCCACCACGACCUAGCACUACUUUACCUGUCACAUCGAACGGAAGACUUCGUUCCGAUAUGCAUCGUGAACGAAAGUGAACAACACCAAACUGGAGACAACGUCACGGUAGUAGGACGAAGAAACGCAAGUACAAAUUCCCCAGAGACUAGCCUAUUGCAAGAGAUGAAAGCAGAAGUAGUUAGCCAAGAUUACUGCAACCACUAUUAUGAAGGAAAGGUUACCGAAGGCAUGCUGUGUGGCUUGGGAGACGGCGAGGAUAUAUGCGACGGAGACGGUGGUGCACCUGCAAUGACCACGGCUCCUGACGGUCGGCGAAUUCUGGUAGCCGUUGCCUCAUCCGGCUCCCGUUAUGGUUGUGCCGUCCAAAACGUACCGAGCAUCUACACGAGUGUCUUUCAUCACAGAGACUGGAUAUACAGCGUAACUGAACGUGAACAUGAAUGAGGCGAUUCCAAUGCCAUGGACGCACCAGACGCACAAGGAAUAAAUGUUUUUGUAAUAUAUUUCGAUCCGUUAACUUUCUAUCACUGCAAGCUGCCUGCGCGAUUGUAAUGUGCUAUUCACGUGGACAGCUUCAAGAGAUGAAGACCAGUGAAGAAGAAAUUGCAAAGGGCAUUCCAAUGUCAUGGCGCUAAAGACGUAUGUCCUGUUCCUGACUCUCUUGCUGUUCUCCACAAUCGCAGUCGCGAUACAGAAGGUUCCAGAAAACUACCCCCUUGGAAGAGAGCGAAGAUCUCGGUUCAGUUUGAAAGACAUGGAAGGAGAUGGUUUUAGGAAAGCCCAAGUGUUCAGGCGCCUGCGGAAGAAGCCUUUGUACACCGAAGUGGCUGCCAACCUUGUCAUUGACGCUAUAACGUACGUGAAAGACUGAACUAGGGGUCGAUCACAUUACUGUCAAAACAAUUCUGACGCUUCCAGUUAUAAUUUCUGCUCUAAACAAAUGCGAAUUAAAAUAGUUUUAACCAAGACA